AUGUUUCCCGGAGGCCCAAACCCGAUACAAGUGCAAUUCGUGCCGCCCUACAAGCAGGCAAACCCGCCGACCCCAAUCGUCUUGAUCCACGACGGUGGAGGCACCAUCUUCAGCUACUUCAUCCUCGGCAGCCUCAACCGCGAUGUCUGGGCAAUCUACAACCCCAAGUUCUUCGAUGGCGAGGCCUGGGAGGGUGGCAUGGACGAGAUGGCGCGUCACUACAUCGACCUGAUUGUAGAUGCUGGCAUCAGUGGCACGAUUCUGCUCGGAGGCUGGUCUCUUGGAGGCUUCCUGUCGCUGACGAUGGCGCGCAUUCUUGCCGAGGACCCGUCCAAGAACCUGUCCAUCGCCGGCUUCCUCAUCAUCGACUCGCCGUACCACAUCGCGCGGUCCAAGCUCACCAUGAAGACGACGAAAUCGAAACUCGACGGGAUCCCUCCUCUGGUCCAAAAGUCCUUCGAAAACUGCGACAUAAUGCUGCGGCAUUGGGAUCUGCCAUCUUGGGACGGCCCGUCUGGCGAGGGCAAGGAAACGACGUUGAGAGUCGCAGGCCGGGGCUUCACGCUUCAACCAGGAAGCAUCCUCUACAAAGCGUUGGGGGAUACUUGGAAACCCAUUGACGUGCGGCAAUACGAGCAUGAAACAGCAGCAGACAAGCCAAUCUCGCCGCCCCCAGGUGUCAUGAUUCGAUGCACGCGCCACACGCAAAAGGCAGACGAAUCCGAGCCCGGAGUAGCCCUUAUCGACAUUUUCCGUGACGAUACGCUACUGGGAUGGGAGGGCAAACAUGCGGAUUUCAUCAAGGCCGUCAUUGAUGUCGAUGCCGACCACUAUAGGGUCUUUGACAAGGACGAUCAGGCCAAGAUGGAGAAUCUGACCUUUCAGGUUAAUUCUGGACUUGAGAUCCUGGAUAGCCUUGCUGGACCGUCGAAAAAGUGA